GAAUCGAGCCAAUUUGCUGGUGGAAGGGGUAUCUAGCGUGUUUCUCUCUCUGGCAUGGCAUCACAAAUCACAACCGUGACUAAAUUCUUUGAACAAUGACAACUCGCGCUUGCGGUUUCGUUAUAUUUCGUAGGGUUCAGGGGGUGAUUGAAUAUCUUUUGAUGCAAGUCUCGUACGGUGAACAUCAUUGGACUCCUCCGAAAGGUCACGUCGAUCCCGGUGAAUCGGAUAUGCAAACUGCUCUACGCGAAACAGAAGAAGAGGCAGGUCUGUUUGCUUCCGAUCUGAAGAUCUACGAUAUGAAAGUAGAAAUAAAAUAUUCAGUGAAAGGAAAACCAAAAGUUGUCAUUUAUUGGUUGGCAGAAUUAUUGAACAACGAUAAAUCUGUUCAAAUGUCACACGAACAUCAAGCAUUCAAAUGGCUUCCACUCGAGGAAGCCUGCGCCCUAGCUCAAUACAAAGAAAUGCAGAAUGCAUUGACAAAUUGUAACGAUUAUAUAGUCAAAUACUUGUCGUAAUAUGGAAAUGCCAGACUUUUCCCAUGACAAAACAACACUUUUUAAAUCUUCCAAAAGUAAGUUUGAGACUCGACACCGAGGAUGAUUGCCUAAAUAAUCCAUAUUUUUGGCCAAUUCUGUAGGUAAUUUUGACGUUCUGCCUUACCACAUCAUACAAUAAUUGUAAUAAAAAAUAAAUUUCAAAAGAAUGUCGAGUAG